GGAAGAACUCUCAGCAGACCGCCAUAGCAGUGAAGUCGCAGAAACCGUAGCACUGAGAGGAACGACGAGUAAAUAGAAGCGCACUCGUGAGGGGGCUGGGCUGCAGGAGAGGAGAGGCGCUCGUAAUGCCGCAUUGUUAGGUCAAGGAAACCUGAAGCAAUCCAGCGAGCUGGUUUUCAAGACAGGACCUCAGUCUUAGGGCUCAGCGGUUUCGUCACGGACAGUGUCGUCAGCUGGAAGCGUCAACUGGAAGCGGGCGCUACCUUUUUUCCGCGGCUUAGACCAAUAGUCCGUUUUUACGGCCACCUAGGACUGAUUUGUAGAGAUUUAUUCAGGAGCUGAUUCGUAAGCUUAUUUAGGGUGUUGAACGGACGAGCGUCGCGAUGAGGAAAAAGGUGGAUGCGAGGAUUCGAACCCUCGUCGAGAAUGGCGUCAAGUCGCGGCAGCGGUCCAUGUUCGUCAUCGUGGGGGACAAGGGGCGAGAGCAGGUGGUGAAUCUCCACUACAUGCUUUCCAAGGCGGUGGUGAAGGCACGGCCGAACGUGCUCUGGUGCUACAAGAAGGAUCUCUUCCUCAGCAGCAAUCGGAAAAAGAGGAUGAGGCAGAUGAAGAAGAUGAUGCAGCGGGGGCUGCUGGACCCCGAGAAGGAGGACCCCUUUGCGCUCUUCCUGGCGUCCACGGCCAUCCGCUACUGCUACUACGCCGAGACGCACAAGAUCCUCGGAAACACAUUCGGCAUGUGCGUGCUGCAGGACUUCGAGGCUCUGACCCCCAACCUGCUGGCGCGCACAAUAGAGACGGUGGAAGGGGGCGGAAUCAUUGUGCUGCUGCUGUCGUCGCUCACUUCGCUCUCCCGCCUCUUCACACUUGCUAUGGACGUGCAUGCAAGAUACAGGACGGAAUCGCAUGGGGACGUGGUGGGGCGCUUCAACGAGCGCUUUAUCCUCUCCCUCGCCUCCUGCCGCACCUGCUGUGUGAUGGACGACGAGCUCAACAUCCUGCCGCUGUCCUCGCACAUGCGGCACCUGCAACCCACGCCACAGACAGAGGGCGAAACCGUGGAGUCAGAAUCCGACAGAGAGCUGCGCGAGUUGAAGGAAUCUCUAGCGGACACGCAGCCAGUGGGCGCCCUAGUAGCCACGUGCCGCACGCUCGACCAAGCAAAGGCGGUGGUGACGUUCCUUGAUGCCGUGUCGGAGAAGACCCUGCGGUCCACCGUUGCCAUCACUGCCGCCAGAGGGCGGGGGAAAUCUGCAGCUCUGGGCGUGGCUGUGGCCGGUGCUGUGGCGCUGGGCUACUCCAACAUAUUCGUCACGGCCCCGAGCCCCGAGAAUCUCAAGACACUCUUUGAGUUUGUGUUCAAGGGGUUUGAUGCUGUCGGGUACAAGGAGCACAUCGACUAUGAGCUCGUCGAGAGCACCAACCCUGCCUUCAACCGAGCCAUAGUGCGAGUGAAUGUGUUUCACCAGCACAGGCAGACCAUCCAGUACGUGAUGCCCCAGCAUGCAGAGAGGGUGCAGCAGGCCGAGCUGCUGGUGAUAGACGAGGCAGCGGCCAUCCCCCUGCCGAUGGUGAAGGCUCUCCUGGGGCCGUACCUGGUGUUCAUGGGGUCUACAGUCAACGGGUAUGAGGGCACGGGCCGCUCCCUCUCUCUCAAGCUCAUCCAGCAGCUGAGAGAACAGUCCAAAGGGGCUGCUGCUGCCGGCGCUACGUCUGCUGGUGCUGCUUCAAGCGCGGAUGGCAGAGGCAGUGGCAGUGGGGUGACUGUGCGGGUGCUGCGGGAGGUGGAGCUGCAGGAGCCGAUCCGCUAUGCCGAGGGGGACCCCGUGGAGAAGUGGCUCAACCACCUGCUGUGCCUCGAUGCCACGUCCCACGUGCCCAAGCUGCAAGCUCGCAUGCCCCAUCCAGACGAGUGUGAGCUCUUCUACGUCAACCGAGACACGCUCUUCUCCUUCCACUCUGCCUCUGAGCUCUUCCUCCAGAGGAUGAUGGCACUGUACGUGUCGUCUCAUUAUAAGAACACUCCCAAUGAUCUGCAGCUCAUGUCAGACGCGCCAGCGCACCACCUAUUCGUUCUGCUUGGCCCAGUGGACGAGUCUCAAACGUCCCUGCCCGACAUUCUGUGUGUGCUGCAGGUGUGUCUGGAGGGCGAAAUAUCGAAGGCAUCAGCCCUAAAGGGUUUAUCCCAGGGCCAUCAGCCCACGGGCGACCUCCUACCGUGGACGCUCUCCCAGCAGUUCCAAGACUCCGAGUUCCCUUCGCUCUCCGGCGCUCGGGUUGUGCGCAUAGCCGUUCAUCCCGAUCUGAUGCACGCGGGAUACGGGUCCAGAGCCGUUGAUCUGCUGUCCAGAUACUAUGAGGGGCAACUGACAAGUAUGGGGGAGGACGACAGUGAGGAGGAGAGCGAGGAGGAAGAGGAGGGCCGGCAGAAGUCCCAGGCUGCUUCCAAGGCUGUCCAAGAGGCUUGGGAGAAUGGAUCGGCAUCACUGUUGGAAGAGCAAAUCGCCCCGCGAUCGGGACUGCCUCCCCUGCUGCAGCCAGUGGGGGAGAGGCGGCAGGAGCAGCUGCACUAUGUGGGCGUGUCGUUUGGACUGGCGCAGCAGCUGUUCAACUUCUGGAAGCGACAGGAGUUCGUGCCUCUAUAUGUCAGGCAAACUCCAAGCGACAUCACAGGAGAGCACACGUGCAUCAUGCUCAAACCCCUCAGAAACGACGAUGUGGGCGGGGCAGACUCCAAGGACUCGUGGCUCGGGUCCUUCACACAAGACUUCCAGCGUCGCUUCCUCUCUCUUCUCGGCUUCUCCUUCAGGCCCCUGCCGCCCGCCCUUUGCCUCAGCAUCCUGGAUCCACAGAUCGAGUUCUCCGAGGCGCAAGCAAGGGACGCGGCAGUGCCUGCAGGGCUGAUGGAAGGGCGGGCGGCGCUUCUGUCGCCGUACGACAUGAAGCGGCUGGAGUCAUACGCCAACAACCUGGUGGACUACCACCUGAUUAUGGACCUCAUCCCCCCUCUCGCCCGCCUCUACUUCCUCGGCCUCAUCCCGGCGUCUCUCUCCUACGCCCAAGCUGCCAUUCUGCUGUCCUUUGGUCUCCAGCACCACGAGCUGUCCACCAUAGAGGCGAACCUUCGGCUGCCCGGGACUCAGGUGCUCGCUCUUUUCAACAAGGCCAUCCGCAAGAUCCACGGGGUGCUGUACGCUGCUGCUGCGCGCACCAUCGAGGCUGCGCUUCCUAGAAUCAAGGAGGUUGACCUCCGGCCUCACCCCCAGUCAGUGGACGAAGAUUUGGCAGAGGCAGCAGAUCAGGCAAAGAAGGUGAUCAAAUCCCGGCUGGAGGGAGGAGCAGAACCCGGAACUGCCACCGUGCUGACGUCACUGACAGCUGGACAGAUGCAGGAAUUCGCGAUGGACGGUCGAGAUAAGGACUUCGAGGCUGCUAUCGCUGCAGGUGGCGGGAAGCUGCCAGGAAGCGGGGUGCUGAGCGUGAAGGCACAGGGAGGAGGGAAGAAGAGGGGUGGUGGUGGGGGGGAUGGGGAUGGGGAUGGGGAUGGGGAUGGUGGGGAUGGGGGGAAGAAGAGGAUGAAGAGUGGGGCCAAGGGGAAAGGUAAGGGCAAGGGAGGAAGAGGGUAGACAUAAGUAGAGGCAAGGGGAGAGGAGUCAUGGUUGAAACGAUGAUGCUCACAGUGCACACGUAGAUAACAAAUAGUUCCAUUGGUAUCACCAUGCACAUCUUACACAUACCGUUGAUUGAAUGUUCUCCAUUGUUAUUUCUGAGAUGUUUUUCAAAACCUAUCACUUAU